UCAACUCGUCUUUUUACGAGACUCAAAGAUAAUUUUGUCUGAGAUGCAUCACACCUUCAAAGUGACAAAGUGGGGAUGGACACAAUGGCUCUUUCUCUACUUUAUGGUCUCAGGUACUUACUCUCUGAUCACAGUUUACCAGCCUCCUGUGCUCCCCGCUGCUCUGGGUUAUGACAUUAUAAUGCCGUGCGAACUCAGGCUUACUCACGAUGAGAGAAUGGACACUAUACCAGUUCUCUAUUGGAUGUACUUAACAGAGGACGGCACUGAUGAGAUCGUAGUGUGGAGCCAAGUUGAGAAUUAUUCAGGACGUACUGAGUGUCUGAACAAUAAUCAAAACUCUUCAAACAAGUCCAUACUCUUCAAGAAUGUCCAGUGGGCCGACAGCGGGAGGUACCUGUGCAAACUCUCCAUCAUAAAGAGAAAUAAAAGUUUCAGGAACAAAGGAAACAAAACAUUACUGAUGGUUUAUGACACCAUAAUCUUCAACCCCACCAGUCACAAUGACUCUCUGCUCCAUUGUAGAGUAAACGUGACACGGAGUAAGGGAUUUGCUUUGUCCAUUGUUCAAGAUGGGAUCAAACUCCAACCUGUUGGCUUUGCUCCGGAUGAUGCUGAUGCAGCUCUGCCCUUCAUCAGCCUCUAUGAGACUGUCCCUCUGAGGCGUAAAGGAGAGUACGAGUGUCAGUUACACCUGAACAAAGACCUGGUAACGAAAAGCAUCUUCGACUACCAACCGCCUGAGCCAAAUGUGAUGCUGCCUCCAGAGCCGUGGUUCCUGUAUGCGGGUCUCCUCCUGGUGCCCUUUACAAUCCUGCUGGCACUCGUAACUGCCCUGCUGGUGUACAGAUGCUAAGUUUGGUAACAUUUAGCAAUGGAAAUCAACUCAAUCAAUCUGACUGAAAAUGUUAUUCAUAAUAACAAUAUCAGACUGCAGGUAAAACUGUCCAUGCUCUGUUAGAUAUUUACAUAGCUGCAUUGUAUUUCCGGGGCAGCACCCUUCCAAGUGCCUUCAUAAUGGUUCAACAAACAGAAUCCCAAAAUCCAUAAUGCACCAGUCCACGUUGUUAUGGUGCAUUCUGGCAGUCAUUGUGAAUUCAUAAGUCUCCAUGCCAGGACUCUGGUUGAUUCUCCUGUUAUUGAACUGCAUUAAAAACUAUAGUUUAACGUGUUAAUAUGUAGAAUAUCUGAUAUGAGUUGCACAUUUAAACACAGGGUACAACAAAGGCAUUCCAACAACUUAUUGAUUGCCAUGAAAGAGUUUUUCUCCACAUCAUUCAUGCAUUCACAAUCUUGGCAUUUCCACAUUUAUCUGAAAAAUGGAGUUUAAUAGCUUCCAAUCUGGAGUGGCAAUGUAUCCAUUGAAUCGGGCGGGGUGGUUUAUGGUAGAACUUGGCAUGGCGGGUUGCGAUUUUAAAUGUGCACCCCUCGUCAAAUGAACUGUGAGUUGACGCUGCCACCAUCAUUAUAGUUUUUCAGUAGCCAAUUUAAAGUUGGGAAAUAUUUUGUGACCACAUGUGAAUAUUGGAAGCCAACCAACCUGUUUUAGGCCCUGAACUAAAUAGUGACAUACCAACUGAACAUGAAUUCUCAUUGGCAAUUGCUUGAAUUAAAUCCAUUAGCCCAAGAGUCAAUAACCAUUACUAUUAUUAAAGUGGAGGGUUCCAGUGACUUAAACACAUCACAAAACACUGUAAAUCUCUGUAAUAUUUUUGAUAUGCAAAUAAAAAAGAGAAAUCAUUUAUUUUGCCUUUUAUCAGUAGGAUAAAUCAAAUCUGUUUCAAGUAUUUGUUGACUAGUUCACAAUGAAAACUGUGUUUGACUGUGAAUAAUAAAGCAUAGGAAAAUAACCAAAUAUUUAAAAGUUUAAAUUAUAUAUAAAGCGACUAUGUUAAGACUAUUAUUGAUUCAAUCUUAUAGUUUAUUUUUGUUGGCUGCACAUAUGCUCAAUCAUAUGUUUAGUGUGGUUUUGAUUUCCUUGAAAUGUUACCUUUAAAUCGGAAAAUACAAGUUAACACCGACCCACACGUUCGUCCUUCAUUAGAAAUGCACAUGUCUGGUUCUCCUUUCCGACUUUGAAUCAUAAUUUCUUCACAAUUCUUUCUGUUUCCUUUUUUACAAAUGAUCAAACGUGUCUUUGAUACUUUAUCGCCCUCUAACGGUGACUGAGGGUAGCUGCAUAAAAAGGCAACCAUUCGGAGUGACCCUCUCUCACUUUUAUCAUAAAAAGCAUUUUACAGGUAACUUUUCUAGAAAGUUAUAAUAAAACCAAACUGACGACCAAUUGAAAUAUUUAAGAAGCAACAUCUGUGCCUGAAAUAACCAAAAGUAAAGCUAAAAAUGGGUAUUUGUAUAACUAAAAGGUAUAUUUGUGGGCGAUAAAACAAGUUUAACUCUUCAUAGUUUCAAGUUUAAUUCAUCAUAGAUAACCCCACCCACCCUCUCCACCUGCAGCUGGAAGGACAGCGGAGCUCUUUCUCCAACAGACUGCUCCAACUCCCCUGUCACAAGGACAGGUACAGGAGAACAUUCCUGCCCACUGCAAUAACACUUUACAAUAAUUCCCCUCUGGCUGGCAGACAACUCACCGCUCCAUAGCCUCUCUGUGAACUGGGGAUAACAUGCACACAUUUAUACAUUUAUGUUAUAUGUUCAUGUAAUAUUCCAUUACAUUGCACUAUUUACU